AGUCGCCAUUAAACUCAGAAUGGGGACGAGACAGAUAUUGUUAGGAAAGAAUGUGAUCCUGGUCCUGUUCGUGAUAUUUUAUACUGUGAGAUCUGAAAGUAGCGUCGCCUUAAAUAAAGCAGCAAAACAAAGUAGUGACCAGGGGAGUGGUAUAUAUGUAGCAAGUAAAGUUGUGGAUGGCUGUACGGAUACAAACUUAGAUAAUAAGUGCUGUGCACAUACAGCGUCUGGUCACAAAAUGGUCUGGUGGCGUGUUGAUCUGGGAGAGUUGACAACCAUUACGUGGAUCAAAAUAUACUACAGAGAUGAUUUCCAGCACACAUUGGCAGGAUAUCAGCUUUAUGUAUCCAAUACCACCAACACGUUAAAAGACGGUGACCUGUGCUAUGAGGACACUAGUAGUACUAGAGAUGCUGUACAAUUGGUGGUGACACACCAGUGUCCGUAUGUAGGGCGGUAUGUGACUGUGUACAACUAUAGAAACAACCAAAAACGAUACAGCUGGUAUAGUGAUGACGCUAUUCUGAUGUUGUGUGAGGUGCAGGUGUUUGGAUGUCAAGUAGGGAGAUACGGUGACGGACACUGUAACAAUCAGUGUCCAGGGGCGUGUUAUGGUGGUAACUGUAACACAACAACAGGUGACUGUUUCUAUUGCGUUGCAGGAAAAUAUGGCAUCUCCUGUAACUCGGAUUGUCCUGCGAAUUGUAAAGACAGUUUUUGUACGAAGGACACUGGGUCCUGUUUAGAUUGUUUUCCUGGAAAGUACGGUCCUAACUGUGAUCAGAACUGUCCCGAUAAUUGUAAGGACAUGCUGUGUGAACGGGAUACAGGAUCCUGUAAAGAAUGCAAACCAGGAUUUUUCGAAGCUAAUUGUUCGAAACAUUGUCAUUGCAAGGAUGCUGGCUGUAACUAUAUGACAGGAAACUGCUCGCCAUCAGGAUGUUUGCCGGGCUGGAGAGGAAAUACAUGUAGCGAGAGUUGUGGUACAGGGAGUUUUGGUGAAACAUGUUCCCUGGCUUGUCCCGUGACGUGUAAAGACUUCGUGUGUCAUCAUGAAACCGGUCAUUGCCAAGAUUGCUAUCCUGGAAAGUACGGAGUGGUGUGUGGGGCUGAUUGUCCAGACACAUGUACGGACAACAUCUGUAGAAAGGACGAUGGACAAUGUCUAUCCACUGAAUCACCUAACACAAGCGAGUCCUCAGACGAUUCUAAAAUGACUAUAAUAGUUGUUUUGGCUGUUAUUUGUGGACUGCUUGUAGCUGCAUUGAUCGCCUCAGCAGUGGUGAUAUGUCAUCUUCGAAAAAGACAAAACAGAAAGAAGUCGUCAGAUAAGGGAACAGAACAAUCCGUCCCGGACACUGGAUACACAUCUAUUACUCAUCGUCCAGAGGAGACUCCCCACGUCUAUGAAAUGGUGGUCACCUAAUACACAGACAGAAUUCAUCAAGUGAAUUCCAAUCAUUUAAUAUCGCUAGUGUACAGCAGAUCAAUUAUAAUAACAGAAAGAAAUACAGACCUUACAAUUGCAUUUAAACAAAAGAUACCCGAAGGCACAUUUCAACAGCAUUUCUACGUGUGCAUUGUGUGGGAGUUUCGGGGAGGGGUGUUAGUUCAUAUUGGCUCUGUAUGAAUUGAUCAGACGUACAUUUUUUAAACAGGAAAACAGUCUUAAAAUAAAAUAAUAUUGUACGCACAUAAGUUAGAAAGUUGAUGAAUAACCUUCGAUAUUGUAUAGUGUCUGUUUUAUAAUAUUAUUACAUUGUACAAUCAAUAUCGAUACAUAGCGGUUCAUGCGUGACUUUUCAUUUUUGUGUGUGCAAGAGUGUUUGCAAGUUUUGGUUUAGAUGUAUGUAAGCGAUAUAGUGCGUGUACAUGUAAGUAUGUUCACUCCCGUUUGUCUGAAUUUAGAUACAUUUUUUUGUAAUAUAAUAUUCUUCUUGUAUACUAAUGAUUAGAUGAUUAGAACCACGGACAGUGACCGGGUGAAAUGUUUCCUCUCAUCCUCAUAUUGUAUUUAUAUGUUAUAUUGAUAUGUUUAUAUGUACACAGUAGAAUAUUCAGACUUGCAUAUACGUAUAUUCUUGUAAACUGAUAUUUUAAUUUGUUGUUGCUUACUUAAGACUGAAGGAUAUAGGGUGAACAAAGUAUCAAGUGACCUAUUCUGAUCGCCCUUUGUCCGUCGUCGUGCGUCCGUAAACAAUUUACAUUUUCGACUUCUUCUCCAAAUCCGCUUAAUAAAAUUCAAUGAAAUUUGCCAGAAAGCUUCUAUGGCGGAAGGUCAACUAAGAUUGUGAAUUAUAUGGUCCCCACCCCCCAGGGGCCUGAGGGGUGGGGCUUAAAAGGGUCAGAUUGACUAAA